UGAAUCCUUCCUCCCUUCCAGUUUUCUCCACACCCAGUUAAACAACAUAAAAAGGGAGUGAAUCUCGCCAAUUUCACUCCACUUGGCCUCUGUUUGCAGACUGACUUUAGUGGGACAAUCAAACCUAAAUAUGAGCAAGAACGCCAUCUACAAAAACCAGGAGCUCCGCAGAGGAGAGUACCUGGAAUCCAAGAAUACCCAAUACAGGACUUAUUUCCAGGACGAUGGUAACUUUGUCACCUACGCGUACUCCUGGAAGCCAACCUGGGCUUCAGACACCGAUCAUUCGGAUGCCAUCCGGGUGUGCUUGCAGGAAGACUGCAACCUGGUCAUGUACAACAAUGAUCACAAGCCCAGAUGGCACACCAACUCCUACUACCCAGGCCCCUUUAAUUCCUGCUGCCUUCAGCUGAAUGAUGACGGCAAUCUGGUUGUGACCAGAGAUGGUGUCAGAGUCUGGACCUCUGCCAACUCUAAAGGCAUGAAGUGAAUUUGGUUGUCAGCUUGAUUUACACUAAACUAGCCUCUCAAAGAGUCAAUGAAUGCAGAUUUUCAAAAUGUAUAAAUGUGUUCUUUUUCCUUCCAGUUUGAAAUAAAGCCUCACUAUACUGUA